CCCAAAAGGGAAACACGUAACCAACCAUAUUACGGAUAUGAUGCUAUCCCGUUUACUUCGUAGCUUUUUGACAAUUCACUGUCGGCGUUCAUAUACAGUACUUACUGGUCAACAACACAAAAGCACAGACUCAAAUCAGUACAAUGGACAGCUGUACCCAACUCACAUACCAACCAACCCUGUCCAGAAAGCUCUUUUGGCUGUUGGUUCUGGAGUGGCCGCCCUACAAAACCCCUACAGACAUGAUAUGGUAGCAGUGCUUGGGGAGACCACCGGGCACCAGGCCCUGAUCAAGUUACGGGACAGAAUGAGAAAUGACCCUGAAGGCUACACCAUUCUCAUAGAGCGUCCUAGGAUCCGUCUGUCUACACUGGACCUCACUCAAAUGUCUGCUUUGCCGGAUGGGUCGCUUGGAAGAGAGUAUCUCCGUUUCCUAGAAGAAAAUAGAGUCACCCCUGACUCGCGAGCCGAUGUGAAAUUUGUAGAUAAUGAGGAGUUAGCGUACGUUAUGCAGCGAUAUCGUGAAGUCCAUGAUCUGUUGCAUACCUUGCUUGGCAUGCCCACCAACAUGUUGGGUGAAGUUGCUGUGAAGUGGUUUGAAGCUGCACAAACUGGCUUGCCAAUGUGUAUUCUUGGAGCAACACUUGGACCAAUCCGUCUCUCUGUCAGUUCUCUACAGUUGCUGCUUCAAUCAUUGGGACCAUGGGCCCUGCGCAGCGGUGGUCGCGCCCGCUGUGUUCUGAACAUCUUCUAUGAGCGCCGCUGGGAGCAGAACCUUGAUGAGCUCAGACAGGAACUGAACAUUGAUCCACCACCUCUCAGUAUUUUUCAAAACAGAAAAAGUACAUCUUAACUAACCUGUCCUGUAACUGAUAUAACUGAAGGAAAUGCCAUCUCAUGAGCAGUCCCCUAAAAUGUGCAUCCUGCUGAAAACAAAGAUCUUCCUGUUUCCUGCGUCUACUGGUGCUUUUAAUGCUUUAAAUUCUAUGUGAUGUCAACUCAAGUUUUUUGUUAAUAUUUGGAAAAUUCACAAUUUACAUGUAAAAAAUUAUGAUAUUUAAUGUAUAAUUCAUGACAUUUGUGUGUAAUAAAUUCUUUCACAAUUUAUUAU